AUGUGCGGGUUGACAGAUUUGGUAUCAAGUUGUCUAUCAAAAACGGGAAAUGGUCGUAGCCGUUCGAACAGUACUCAACAACCUCAACCAUUCCUUAGGACAAGUCUUUUCACAGGAGUACCACCAACUAUUCGAUUCUAUACAAAAGGAAUCAAAGUUUCAAAACCAAGUAAGAAGAUUACAUGUCGAUUAACAUGGUGUCACAACAGCCUUCUUCCAAUAGUAAUGCGACAGAGCCUCAGUGCCAGUCACUUUACGGUAGUCGAUGAGUCAUCGUUCUUCAUUGGAUACUGGGGUCGACAUCUAAAGAGUAGUCAGUAUCAGGCAUUCAAACCACACCAAAAGGUAAAUCACUACCCAGGUGCGUUCCAUAUUGGACGUAAGGAUCGUCUUUGGAUGCACAUCGAGAAGCAACAACGUCGGUUCGGCGAGGACGUCUACGGCAUCAUGCCGAAAACGUAUCUUCUGCCUAAGGAUUACGAGCGAAUGCGAAACUAUCUGGCAGCUUCACCCACACAUCAUGUUAUUGUGAAACCGCCGGCUAGUGCUCGUGGGACAGGCAUUAGUGUUACGCGAAAGAUCAAAGAGAUUCCAGAAAAAACGCAGUUAGUAGCUCAGCACUAUGCUGAUCGUCCUUUGACAAUCAACGGCGCCAAAUUCGAUCUUCGUCUUUAUGUUUAUGUUCCAUCGUUAGAACCAUUGCGAAUAUACAUUUACAAUGAAGGCCUCGUUCGAUUCGCUAGCGUACCAUAUUCGCGAUGCCUAUCGACCGUCUCAAAUAAAUACAUGCACCUAACCAACUACAGUAUCAAUAAACUUGCUGAACAAGAUGGAGUGUCCGAUUCACCGGUGGCCAAAUGGCGCUUGAGCGAACUAUGGCAAUUUUUUGAGAAUGAGGGUAUAAGCCCGGAUAAAAUUCGCGAACGUAUCGAAGAUGUUGUUGUGAAGGCGUUCAUAGCAUGUGAAAAGUCAAUUCGUGACCACAUGACACGCUAUGUUCAGUUCAUAUGUCACGAGUUAUUUGGAGUGGAUAUUUUACUCGACGAAGACCUCAAACCAUGGCUACUAGAGGUCAAUAUCUCGCCAUCUCUUCAUUCGGGCACAGCUUUGGAUAUUUCUGUGAAAGCGCCAUUAGCGAGAGAUGUGCUCAACAUGGCCGGAAUCAAUGUUCCACCUAGUCCUGAGGAGAUGGCCACAGCCGAUUAUAGUAUGAAGCCGCGUAAUUGGCCAAAAGAGGACGAUCACAUUGAGAAAGAAACUGUAUGGACUGCGGCUUAUCGUAGAGAAGGCGAUUUGAAUUCAAGAAUACUAAAACGGCUUACCCAAGAGGAUAUACGGACUCUCGUCGAAUUUGAAGACGAAUAUGUGAGGCGUGGAAAUUUCCGUCUGAUCUUCCCCACUGCUACAACUGCCUACAUGCAAAAUUAUUUUGUACAACCGGUCUAUGCGAAUCUGAUGCUUCAACAAUGGCAAAUCGAACAGGAGCAAAAUGGCCGCGAGAACGGAAUAGAGCGGAUAGAGUCACUAUGUCGUUUGCGAUUGGCGAGAAAUCGCAGCAAAGGUGAUGAGAGUUGA